AUGGCGGAAGAAGUUUUAGAUAGGUUGGGAAAUAUGAAGUUGACAGCAGAGGAGGAGGAAGUAAUUGCAAUUUCCGAUGAAGGGCGUUUGGAGGAGAUGGAGAGCUGUUCGUUGAGUCUUGUUGGAAAGUUUUUAACGUGUAAGGCGUUCAAUAAAAGAGCAGCUUGGACUACACUGCGGAAAGCAUGGGGAGUGCAUACAGGAUUACAGAUAAUAGAAGUUGGGUCGAACCUAUUUCAGUUCAAAUUUCAAUCUGAAUUUGAGAUGUGUAGAGUACUUAGAGGAGGGCCUUGGACUUUUGAUAAUCAAUUACUUAUGUUGAAAAAAUGGCACAAGAGGAUGACUGCAAGUAAUGUCAGAUUGGAGCAUGCUUCAUUAUGGGUUCAGAUCUGGGGAGCCCCUUUUGAUAUGAUAUCUCCUCAGGUAGCGACUGAAGUAGGUAAGAGGCUGGGUGUAGUGGAGGAAGUGGAGAGGAGGAAAGUGCGAGAUAUCCAAAAAAAUUUCAUGAGAGUUCGAGUAGCAUUGCCUAUUUCAAAACCAUUGCGGCGUGGAAGCUAUAUUGCUGAUUCUAGUGGUGAGCGUACAUGGGUAAACUUUAAAUAUGAGAGGUUGCCAAUCUUUUGUUUUUUCUGUGGUCUGCUUGAGCAAGAUGUACGUCACUGUGCGAACCAUUUCUCUGUUGAGAAGAAUGGAGGCGAAGUUGAUUAUCAAUAUGGUGAAUGGUUAAAGGCACUUGGAGGACGCUCAAGGUCACCACCUCGAUCACCACCACAGGACGGUGGUGCUGAGAAUGAACAGUCAUCAGAUACGUGGGAAAUUAGGAGACCUGUGAGUCAAGGAGUGGAUAAGCCCCAGCAUAUGGAUAAUCCCGAAGUUUAUGCAGAAAAUAUGGGUACGCAAGGCAAAGGGAUUCAGUAG